UGUGUCUUGUCUGUAUCUCCUCACCAAUUCAUUUUCUUUUUCGUUAAUAAAAAGAAAAGCGAUGCAAGAGAGCGUUUUCAAUAAAGGACAUGGAGUAGCUGCAUUUAAUUCAGCUUUUGCUUCAAAUACAACUCCCACACAAGGAUUUAAUACCGCUUUUGAUCAAGCAUUUGGACCCACUGGCGGCGGCGGAGGAGCAUUUAAUCGUAAGACAUCUUACAACAACGCUAGUCCAUUUGGUCAACCUACCCAGACUUUUAAUCAACAACAUCAGAGUCCAUUUGGGCACCACAAUAAAAGCCCAUUUUCCCAGACCGGGAAUGAUCAAAACCACGCUAGCCCGUUUCCGUUUCAAACACCCAAAGCGAGUCCAUUUCAAACAAAUCAUACGAGUCCAUUCAGUGCACCUAUUCCACAAGCAAGCCCGUUCCAAACACCUUACAAUGGGGCUUUCAAUACAUCGAAUAAUUCCAGCCCGUUCAAUAACACACCCAACGUACAGGCAGGAGCAUUCCAAGCACCUAAAGCAAACCCUUUCCAAACGUCCCAGGCUAGUCCGUUCCAACAAAAUGUCAGUUCUUUCCAAAAACCCACAGUCAGUCCGUUCCAAACUCGUCAUCAACCUAACCCACUUGCCAGUCCUUUCACACCACAACAACCAACUGUCGAGCACACCAGUCCUUUCAAACCGCAACAACCACCUAUGGAGCACACCAGUCCUUUCAAGACACCGAGCCAUGGAGGAAAUAGCGUGUUUAAUGCACCUAAAUCCAGCCCUUUUAAGCCAUCUUUAUCAAACAAUCGUUCCAGCGACUCUAGUCCCUUUAAAGCACCCCAAGAUAGUCCAUUUAAAGCACCUUACCCGAUCGAAAAAAGUCAGUUCAAGAAGCCUUUCCCACUAGCUGAAGCAUUGACAUCAGCACCUGAACAAACAGGGGUUAGAGGCAGAGUGGCGGGUGCUAUGUCCGUUGGAAGAGGAGGUGCCCGAGGAGGUAGAGGGGCAAGUGUCAGAGGCAUGUCGUCCCCCUAUUUGCGAAAUAAGCCCGGUAGGGCAGCAGCAGAACAAGAUAAGAAAGACACGAUGAAAUCCGCACCUCCAGUGAAAGAAGUAGGCAAGAUGACAGCAGAAGAUCGAGCCAUGCGAUUUGGAAGCACAUCCAAAAGUAUUUUAUACGACCAAUUUAAAGAAAGACGAGUACGUGAAAGACAACAAGCGAUUGAAAAAGGAAUGAUUCCAGAUCCAGAAAAUCCAACACGAUUAGAAGACGCUAUUGAUUUUCGAGGAACUUGUCAAACCAAGUGUCCCGAGUUUGAAAUGCUGGAAAGAGAAAUUCAAAAUGGUUUGGAUUCACUUGAAAUGGAUAAUGCUGGUAAUUUAGAUCCCCAAAGAGCCGUCAAGGCAUAUAGAAGAUCUGCGGCGGGUAUUGAUCAACCUUUGCCAUCUGAUGUUCGUUCACCCGAUGCUUUACUUCAUACAUUGGAUUACUUAGUGGAUGAAGUGUUGUCUAAUAAUUCGUUGGAAAAAUGCCAUGCUUUUGUACGUGAUCGUACACGUUCAAUUCGUCAAGAUUUUACAUUACAAAAUAUUCGUGAUAUCCAUGCCGUACAAGCCCAUGAACGUAUUGCUCGAUUUCAUAUCUUGUGUUUACAUGAAAUGUGCGAAAUGGAUGAAGGCAAGUUUAGUAAGCAACAAGAAACCGAACAACUUCGUAAAGUAUUGGUGAGUUUGAUGGAAUUUUAUGACGAUCUCCGAGAAGAAGGAAUUGAAACAGAGAACGAAGCUGAAUUCCGAGCCUACAAUAUCAUUAGUUUAAUCCGAGAUCAGGAUGUUGCACGACAAGCGAUGACACUUCCUAUUAAUUUAUUCAGAAGCCAACCCAUUCAACGAGCAUUGGAAUUUCGAGCACUAUCUCAACGUAACAAUGAAAUCAUGGAAUCUUCCUCCCGACGUAACAAGCCCGAAAAUAUCGAGGCUAGUCAAAAUUUCUAUUCAGCUUUUUUCAAGUUGAUUGCAGAUCCCGAUACAUCUUUUUUGAUGGCUUGUAUGCUGGAAACACAUUUUCCAGAGGUACGUAAAGGAGCCCUCAAAGCCAUGAACGUGUCCUACAUGUUGAAAGCAGGUGGUGUUCAAGCCGAAGAUGUUCGACAAGUAUUGGCCUAUGAUUCUGUCAAGCAAUUGUUCCAAGAAGCAGUUUUAUAUGGUAUCAUCAUUAAUAAUUCGUUGGGAGAACCCACACUUUGCUUCGGUCAAAAACAUUAUAAUACCAAAGUAUCUGUGUUUUUGGAACCUCUUUCAAACCCUCCUCAGACAAAAUCAAUGCUUUUAGUGGAGCCCAAAAAAGGAGAUCGAUCCUUUAGUGAUAUCAUCAAUGGUGUACAUGAUGAAAAAUCACCCGUAGUAAAUCAAAAUGUGUUCGCUCGUCAACCCAAUCCAUUCAGUCAGCAUCCCCAAGACAAGGAUACAAAACCUGCUCAAAACAAAUCGAUGCCUACCGUCAUGAACGUAAAGCUAACUGAACUUACAGGAGAGGAUGAAAAGAAACGUGAGUUAGAGAAGUUAGAGACAGCCAGAGCAAGAGCUGCCGCAGCGACAGCACAAGCAGCACGGGAGCGAGAGCUAUUAAAAGCGAUGGAAAGAAAUAAACGAAUUGAGGAAGAAAAAAAACAGCAAUUGAGACUGCAACAGGAAAAAGCAAUGAAGGCAAAACAAUUGCAAGAGGAGAUAGAACAAGAAGAAGAACGUAUACGUAUAAAGGAAUUAGAAAUACGUAAAAAACUUAUGGAGAAACAUCGACAAGACGUAUUGCGCAAACAGCAAAAAGAAAAGGAGAUGGCUGCUAUGCAUUUCAAUGUCGUCAAAUCACAAUUAGCCAAACGCAUCCUGAAUACGAUUUUAGGCGAGGUAAUUGAUGAAGAGAUCGAGAUUGCUGCGACCAAGGCGAUCAGGACAAGACAAGUGCUAAAGAAGAUUGGAAAGCCAUGGCUUUCUCGUGCUAGAGCAGCUAUACAAAAACGUCAUAAUCAAUCGCUGUUAAGAAAGAAGGAGUGGAGGUUUAAUAUGAUUCUUGUCACAAAGAAUCCUUAUAUCCCCAGUCAUGACACCAUCUACAAAGCGAAACCUAAACAUGCAACAUCAGAAGGCAUUAUGAAAAGAGUCAAUCAAUCUCUUCAAGCAGAAACAAUCGCUUUAAAAACCAUGGACCCCAGCUUAACAGAGCAAUCGAUCUGGAAAAAGGAAGAUUUUCUUCUGAAUAUAUACCCUCGUAUUAGAGACAAAAUGAUGGACUUGAAACAAUCUCGACAGGCGAAUAAUAAUACAGCAAAGCCUGCUUGGCAACUAAUGAUCGAUGUCAAUGAUAGUGAAACCGCUUCAUCCAACUGGUUCAAGAAAAAAUUCGGACUCGAUGAGAACUCUUUACGUAAAGAUGGGUUAUAUCAGACUUUUGAUGUAUUGACUCGUAUGAACACACCCGAAAAAGAAAUCUUUUGUCGAUCUGCUGAUGAAACAGGCGCCAUUAUUUUCUCUUUACCCGAAUCUGAUGCUAACAAAACUGUGGCAGAAUCUGCACAAUAUUGGGAACAAACCAGAAAUAGAUUGGAUAAAUUAUCACACACUAUGCUUGAAUAUAAUCCCGGCAUGCAGAUUCCCUUCCUCUUUACUUAUUUCCCCGGAACUGAUUCCAUCACAGCCGAAAAUUUAAAAAAGAUACCUGUGUUACUGAACCUUCAUUUAAACCGACUUGUGAGCGAUUAUCAUAUUCUUAUAAUGAACCCUCAAACGAUCGGUACAAGAAUCGUAGAAGAAGUCAAUUGGCUCUCUAAUAACACGAAAAUUCAUCAAGAGUAAUAUAAAUAAUUUUACACGCUUUUAGUUUUCUUAAUGUAAAUAAAUCACAUUUCACAUCGCUUCCUA